UAUCGCAGACAGAGAUUCGCGGAUAGGGUUUAAUAUAGCGCAGACAGUGAUGCGCAGAUAGGGUUUAAUAGCGCAGGCAGAGAUACGCGGAUGGGGUCAAUAAAGCAGACGGAGAUGUGCAGAUAAGGUUUAAUGGGGCAGAGAGAUGCGCAUAUAUACGCUUUAAUAAAGGCUACUAUUGGAUGUGCACUGUGUCAUUUAAUCAGAUCCUGCUGAAGGAAGAGCGCAGAUAUGGAAAAGCAGCCCGAUAAUAAGAAGUUUUUCGAAAGCCUCUGUGGGGCUGGAAAAGCCAUCGCCGUGCUGACGAGCGGAGGAGAUGCGCAAGGGAUGAAUGCUGCCGUCCGUGCUGUCAUCCGAAUGGGGAUCUACGUUGGAGCUAAAGUCUACUUCAUUCAUGAAGGUUAUCAGGGUAUGGUGGACGGUGGCGAGAAUAUUAAGGAGGCAACGUGGGAGAGCGUGUCCAGCGUUUUGCAGAUGGGUGGCACUGUCAUUGGCAGUGCCCGCUGCAGCGAGUUCCGCACGCGUGAGGGCCGCCUGAAAGCCGCCCUCCAUCUGGUGCAGCGUGGCAUCACCAACCUGUGUGUCAUCGGUGGCGAUGGCAGCCUCACCGGGGCCAACCUCUUCAGGGAAGAGUGGAGCGGCCUGCUGGAGGAGCUGGUGCAGCAAGGGGAGAUCGAGGAAGAGGCUGCGAGCAGAUAUUCCGCCCUUCACAUUGUGGGGAUGGUCGGGUCCAUCGACAAUGAUUUUUGCGGCACCGACAUGACCAUCGGGACAGACUCCGCCCUGCACCGGAUCAUUGAGGUUGUGGAUGCGAUCAUGACCACUGCCCAGAGCCAUCAAAGGACCUUUGUGCUGGAGGUUAUGGGCAGGCAUUGUGGGUACCUGGCGUUGGUCAGUGCUCUGGCGUGUGGAGCAGACUGGGUGCUGAUCCCCGAGAUGCCCCCAGAUGAUGGUUGGGAAGAGAAGAUGUGCAGGAAGCUGUCGGAGACUCGAUCCCGAGGCUCAAGGCUGAACAUCAUCAUAGUUGCUGAAGGAGCUACUGACAAGCACGGGACGACCAUCACCUCUGACUAUAUAAAGGCUCUCGUCGUACGAUGCGUGGGGUUCGACACCCGUGUGACCAUCUUGGGUCAUGUGCAGAGAGGUGGCACGCCCUCAGCCUUCGACAGGAUCCUGGCAAGCCGAAUGGGUGUGGAGGCAGUCCUGGCCCUGCUGGAGGCAUCCCCGAGCACCGAGGCCUGCGUCGUGUCGCUCUGCGGUAACCAGGCAGUGCGACUCCCCCUCAUGGAGUGUGUGCAGAUGACUCAGGAGGUGCAGAAGGCCAUGGACGAGCAGAAAUUUGAAGAAGCUGUGAAACUGCGUGGCAGGAGUUUUGAAAACAACCUGAAGACCUACAAACUUCUGGCUCACCGGAAACCAGAAUCUCAGCUCCCACACAGCUCCUUCAACGUGGCUGUCCUGAAUGUGGGGGCCCCGGCCGCAGGCAUGAACGCGGCGGUCCGCUCGGCGGUUAGGGUGGGCAUCUCCGAGGGACACAAGAUGUUUGCUGUCUAUGAUGGCUUCGAGGGCUUCUACAAGGGACAGAUCAAGGAGGUGAAGUGGGCUGAUGUGGGAGGCUGGACCGGACAAGGCGGAUCACUGUUAGGAACAAAACGGACACUUCCUGGCAAGCACCUGGACAAGAUUGCGGAGCAGAUGAGGAAACACAACAUUAAUGCUUUACUCGUGAUUGGAGGGUUUGAGGCGCUGGAGAGCUUGCUGCAGCUUCACGAGGCUCGUUUGCGUUUCGAGGAAUUUUGCGUGCCGCUCUGCAUGCUGCCAGCCACCAUCAGUAACAACGUGCCAGGCACGGACCUCACCAUCGGCGCCGACACUGCCCUCAACGCCAUCGUGGAAACAUGUGACCGCAUCAAGCAGUCCGCCAGCGGCACCAAGCACAGGGUCUUCAUUAUUGAGACCAUGGGAGGUUACUGUGGGUACCUUGCCAGCAUGGCAGGGCUCGCCUCGGGGGCGGACGCAGCCUAUGUUUACGAGGAACCUUUCGAUAUCAGAGACCUGCAGUCGAACGUGGAGCACUUGACAGAAAAGAUGAAGACGAGCAUCCAGAGAGGUCUGGUCCUGAGAAAUGAAAACUCCAACAAGAACUAUACAACGGACUUCAUUUAUCAGCUGUACUCUGAAGAAGGAAAAGGCGUGUUUGACUGCAGGAAGAAUGUUCUGGGUCACAUGCAGCAGGGAGGAGCACCAUCACCCUUUGACAGGAAUUUCGGUACAAAGAUAUCGGCCAAAGCUAUGCAAUGGAUUUCUAGGAAGCUUAUUGAAAGCUACAGACAAGGGCGUGUGUUCACCAGUGCAGAGGACACGGCCUGCCUGCUGGGAAUGCGCCGUCGUGCUCUUGUCUUCCAGCCCGUGGUGCAGCUGAAGGAUGACACUGACUUUGUCCACAGGAUUCCAAAGGAACAAUGGUGGCUCAAACUGCGCCCUCUUAUGAAGAUCCUGGCCAAAUACAAGACCAGCUACGACAUCUCCGACUCAGGCCAGCUGGAGCACGUGGUACGGAAUCACUCCAAGGAGUCUGAAGCAUCCACCAUCUGAUCUCGGCUGUGGCUCCUCCCACAUGGUUUAGCCAUUGGUUAGACAGUUAGUAUGGCUUUGCCCCCUCGCUCUUGUGUACCUGCAAACCUUGUGUUGUUUUAGGAAAGUGACUCACUUUGUAGUUUGGGAGCCAGAGGGGCUGUGCUCCUACCACUGACCUCCAUGUAAUAGAACCUUCCAGCAAUGUCAGGGUAGAUCAUACUGCAGAUCCUUCAAACUGAAGAUAUAUUAGGAACACCAACACGGUAGUCAUGUUCAAACAGUAACGCUAAUGUUUCGUGAAGAUUAUCUCAUGUUGGUAUGUGUUUAUUUACCCAAGUGGCCUUGCAGCAUUUAUCCAUCCAUUUGGACCCAUAAGAUCAUCUGGGAAAAGUUGACUAAUGGAAUGUGAAUAGGGACGAAAUUGACUAAAGACGCACAGCUAUGUGUCAGACUAUAACUGUUCAAAAAGCUGAAAUUUUAUUAGCUGUACAUAAUAAUUUAUCGUGGAUUAAAAAUCUGUGCAGCCAAGGAAAAUGUUCAGAAACCCACAGAAGGUUUAAAGUUGUGUACAAACUGUAGGUUGUUCUAUAUAUUGACGUUUGUGAACAUCAGGAGUUUGUUGUGCAGGGGAAUGUAGCCCAGCGGCUAUGAAAGGUUCCUGUAACCAUACAGUAUCUGAAUAAUAUCACAGAAGGCGAUGGUCCUCGGAUCGAUCUCCAUGAUUCUUAAUUAUCUUACAACCCAUGAUGGAUCCUUCCUGAUAUUUCCAUUUUCCGCUCCGAGGACAGCUAUUCCAUGUAUCUGCUGUCCAACGCAAAGGUAUCUGUGACAACACGUUAAUGUUACCACGUGAUAGUUACGCCUGUGUUUGUAUUUAUACACGUUAUCUGUACCAGCCAAGGCCAUGAUUAAACUCCACCCACAGAUCAAUUCACUGAAA